CUUGGCCAAUCUUCUUCCUCCAGAACAGACAAUUCGAAGUGCGAUGGGAGAAUACGACACUAGGCUCGGUGCACUGUGCGUCGCGUACAUGCUAGCUUGGGGAUUGUACGGUGUCAUGUCAAUACAGAGCUACCGCUACUACCAUAUCUUUGUCAAGGACCCUUUGUGGAUCAAGACUUUGGUUGGCGGUCUUUGGGUUCUGGAAACUUUGCAGCUCGCUCUGAUUGGAUCCUUCUUGUACUUCUGGGUUAUUACCAACUAUGCGAACCCCGCCAUCCUUGCGGAUACCACCUGGACUUACAAUAUCGGGAUUCUGAUCACAAACACUAUCGUCAUCAUCGUUCAACUUUUCCUCGCUCGUCGUGUCUGGAUUCUCAGCAAAAAGAAUUACUUAUUAACAGGCGUGAUCAUUGCACUGUCCCUCUGCUACUAUGGGUUGGAAUUGGAGGUGAAGGUUCGAACUUUUCAGCUCGUCAAGGUCGAACUCUUUUAUAAGUUCCAAACGACUGCUAGUGUCGGACUCGGGUGCGCGGCUGUGGCAGAUUUGAUCAUCGCAGUGUCCUUGUCGUGGUAUCUGCUUCGCAGUCGGACUGGGAUGGAGGUCACUGACUCCGUGGUGAAUAAGCUGAUCCUCUACGCAAUGAACACGGGGACUCUUACUGCGAUCGUUGUCCUUGUUGACAUGGUCUGCUUCCUGACCAUGCCGAAAAAUCUUAUACACAUCGCUUUCAAUGUGGUAUCCGGCAAGCUGUAUACGAACAGUCUGCUCGCGACGCUUAACUACCGCGACACCGUUCGCUCGCAAAUCCCGCAUGCCACGAAUAGAAACACGACCAUCAGUCUGUCGCCCAUCAGCGCCACGAUGGCUCCCACCGUCGGCGCCGGUCCUGUGUUCGCGACAAACUCUAAAUUCGAUAGCUCAGUAUCGGCGGGCGGUCAUUCCUUGGUUCUCAGCACUUCGGAAAUAGAAGAUGAUGGCAUUCCCAGCGCUUCGGAGCUCAAGGUUAUUGACGCAGUUUGAUCUGCCAGACUUUUCCAACUCCUCGGCGAAGGGGCUCCUCUGUUCUGAUGUCGUGCUGGGCCUUGUCUUAAAAUCUUGUACUGUAGCGAAUGUUUCGGAUCAGUAGACUCAAAGGAUACAACAGGAUACUUCAAACCUUCCUGAUUCCAAUCUUGACACAGCACCCUACCAUUUGUCGAUCAACUGCCGUGGUUCAAUUAAUUCAUGGAAAUGAUGAGACUGUUG